CCAGCGGGGCCGCCGCCGCCGCCGCACUCAGCGCAGGCGUCUCAGCAGCAUCGCCGCCUGCGCCGCGCGCCGCGCGCCGCCGUCCGACCCCGCCGCCCACCCGCACGCCAGCCAUGGAGCCCGCAGCCCCCCGCCGCCGCCACACCCACCAGCGCGGCUACGCCUUGACGCGGGACCCCCACCUCAACAAGGACUUGGCUUUUACCCUGGAAGAGAGACAACAAUUGAAUAUUCAUGGAUUGUUGCCACCUUGCUUCAUCAGUCAGGAUAUCCAGGUUCUUAGAGUAAUUAAAAAUUUUGAGCGUCUGACCUCUGACUUUGACAGGUAUCUUCUCUUAAUGGAUCUUCAAGAUCGAAAUGAAAAACUCUUUUACAGAGUGCUAAUGUCUGACAUUGAGAAAUUCAUGCCUAUUGUUUAUACCCCCACUGUGGGUCUGGCUUGCCAGCAAUAUAGUUUAGCAUUUCGGAAGCCAAGGGGUCUCUUUAUUAGUAUCCAUGACCAAGGGCAUAUUGCUUCAGUUCUUAAUGCGUGGCCAGAAGAUGUCAUCAAGGCUAUUGUGGUGACUGAUGGAGAGCGUAUUCUUGGCUUGGGAGACCUUGGCUGUAAUGGAAUGGGCAUCCCUGUGGGCAAGCUGGCACUGUAUACAGCCUGUGGAGGGAUGAAUCCUCAAGAAUGUCUGCCUGUUAUUCUGGAUGUGGGAACAGAAAAUGAGGAUUUACUUAAAGAUCCGUUGUACAUUGGGCUACGGCAGAGAAGAGUGAGAGGUCCUGAAUAUGAUGACUUUUUGGAUGAAUUCAUGGAGGCAGUUUCUUCCAAGUAUGGGAUGAAUUGCCUUAUUCAAUUUGAAGAUUUUGCCAAUAUAAAUGCAUUUCGUCUCCUGAAGAAAUAUCAAAACCAGUAUUGCACAUUCAAUGAUGAUAUUCAAGGAACAGCAUCUGUCGCAGUGGCAGGGAUCCUUGCGGCUCUUCGAAUAACCAAGAACAAACUGUCUGAUCAAACAAUACUCUUCCAAGGAGCUGGAGAGGCUGCCUUAGGGAUUGCACACCUGAUUGUUAUGGCCAUGGAAAAAGAAGGUUUACCAAAAGAGAAAGCCAUGAAAAAGAUCUGGUUGGUUGACUCAAAAGGAUUAAUAGUUAAGGGACGUGCUGCCUUAACACAAGAGAAGAAGGAAUUUGCCCAUGAACAUGAAGAAAUGAAGAACCUAGAAGCCAUUGUUCAAGAAAUAAAACCAACUGCCCUCAUAGGAGUUGCUGCGAUUGGUGGUGCAUUCUCAGAACAAAUUCUCAAGGACAUGGCUGCCUUCAAUGACAGACCUAUUAUUUUUGCAUUGAGUAAUCCAACUAGCAAAGCAGAAUGUACUGCAGAGCAGUGCUAUAAACUAACCAAGGGGCGUGCAAUUUUUGCCAGUGGCAGUCCUUUUGAUCCAGUCACUCUUCCAGAUGGACGGACCCUAUAUCCUGGCCAAGGAAACAAUUCCUAUGUGUUUCCUGGAAUCGCUCUUGGUGUUGUGGCUUGUGGACUGAGACAUAUCACAGAUGAGAUUUUUCUCACAACUGCUGAGGUUAUAGCCCAGCAAGUAUCAGAUAAACACUUGGAAGAGGGCCGGCUUUAUCCUCCUUUGGACACCAUUAGAGAUGUUUCUCUGAAAAUUGCAGCAAAGAUUGUGAAAGAUGCUUACCAAGAAAAGACAGCCACAGUUUAUCCUGAACCCCAAAACAAGGAAGCAUUUGUCCGCUCUCAGAUGUAUAGCACUGAUUAUGACCAGAUUCUACCUGAUUGUUAUUCUUGGCCUGAAGAGGCCCAGAAAAUACAGACCAAACUUGAACAGUAGCAUAAUUACUGACAUUUCUAAUUCCAUUAAUGAGAUCUUAAUUUCUCAUAAUUUUUAAAGAUUGGAAUCUUUUCUAAUUACUCAUAAUAUUCUAGACUAGGAUAAUUUUACUUUAACUAUAAAAAUUCAUGGAAGAAUAUUAAUAUACUUUGGGGUAAACAUCACACUACACAAUUUUGCUUCAUUUACUUUCUCAUUAUUUAUGGUUUCUCUCUUAAUUAUUUUGCCCAAGUUCUCUUAAAAAGCUAUUGUACCUACUACUGAGAAACACACCAUUUUUAUAUAGGGAACUAAUGGAAAGACCAAAAUUAGUAAUAAAUUGAUAUGCUCAACAUUAAAAUCCAUAAUUGUUUUGUUGACCAUUUUGUUAAAAAUCUACUCUUUUUUCUUUUUAAUAAAGAUAGAAAUGAAUUUAGGCAUAGAUGAAUUUUUGCUAAAAGCAGAAACAACACUUACUUGAUUGCCUAGAGAAAAAUAACUUCUCAGGUAUUUUUAUUCCGGUCCUACAUUAUAUUAGUUCUUCUAGUGCAACUGAACUCUAACAUUUCUAAGAAAGAUCAUUGCUGUUUACAAUGCCUUGUGCAGCCUUAGAUUUUAAUAUUCUUUCCCCAUUGUUACAUCUUAUCACUUUGGUUCUCAGUCAGAUAUCCCUUCUAGAAGCACUUUUCUUCCUCCCCUGACUGAAUGCCCUAUCCUUCACACUAUUGCUGCUGAACAUUUGCAGACUGUGGUGCCUGUCCAGAAGUUGGUACCUUCAAUUCAGCAUAGCCUGAGCCACAGAAAGAGCUGAAAGAGAGUAGGUAAUAUCCUUGAGAAAGGGCUGCCUGUGGAGCUGACCUCUUAGGACAAAGAUCUCUGGAGUCAGGGGCAAGAGCGUGGUUCCCAGACAAACCGGGUUCUCACUUAAGUGACCUGCCCUCGUGUUUCCUUGAUUAGCUCAGGUAAUUAGAGCUCACUGUGUUACAAUAAACUCACUUUACUCUGAGUAUGGAGGAAAUUUUGUAACCCAAUUCCCCAGUAUCAGAAACUAUCUUUACAUCAGGUAUUAAGAUAUUCUAAUUACCGUCAGUACUUAUAGCCCAGAAAUUGUUAACUUCAAGUUUUACUUUAGAAAUUAAUAACUGAACCAAUGGAAACCAUUUUAAAUUCUUAAGCUCAGGUGCAAUAACAUUUGCUAUUUAUUUGUAGGAUUAUUUGGAGAAUUUCUGUUCUUGAAAUAAUGCUUUUAAAAAGUAUAAGAAGAUGUUCAAGAUAAACUAUACUGUACAAUGACUUUAUUGAAGGUUGAAGAUUAUACAGAUAGUUUCAGGUGUGAAUAGACAGGGUGCGGUUAUUUCUGAAAGUAACAUUUAGUCAAGAGUUUCCUCAAUAUAGUCACUUUGAAAAGAUUCAGAAUGCUUAUUUCUUGUCUGUUUCCAUGUUGUCUUGCAACUCUAACUAAAUGUAUUUACCUAUGCAAAAGAUUUAUUAAAGUGUAGAAAAAGUGAAUGAAUAAAAUUAUGAUUGUCUUUUUCUCUUAAAAUACUGUUACAUUUUAAAAUGAUAAUGCUGGGCCUUGGCAGUCAUGUGACAGUGUAUGAAUUUUAAAAAUAUUCUCAUAGCUAAUUUCAAUAUGAACUUCAUUUAAUACAUGUGUAGUCAUAUUUGCUCUAUACUAUAAUAAAUGAGCGACUUCCUUAUCCUCGGAGAAAGAUAAUAAAACAAGCAUUGGAUGAUUACUUACUAGGUUUCAAGUAUUCUGUAUAGAUUAAUUAAUGUAGUCCUCACAAGUUCCUAUGAAGUAGGUAUUUUAAGUGGCUUACCAAGUCCACAGAGCUAAUAAGUCAAGGAGGUGGGCUCUAAAUCCGUGUUUAUCUUGCUUCAUAGUCUGCUCUCUUUUUGCUAGAGUGCAGUCUAGAAUACCACCGUACAAUAGACAAAGGAAGUGAGCAAUCUAUGUAAUUUCUAGUGGCCUCAUAAAAAGAAAAUAUAGGUGGAAUCCAUGUUAAUUUUAUUUAAACUGACAUCUCCAGAUUAUCGUUUCAAUAUGUAAUCCAUAUAAAAAUAUUAAUGAAACGCUUUAUCUUAUACUAACCUCCAAAAUCUAGAUAUUUUCAUAUGCAUCCAAGUCAUGGAAGCUCACAGACCCCCUGAAUAUAUGAAUUACAAAGAUAGCACAAAAAUCAACAGAUAAAAAGAAUAAGGUGUUUAGUAAGAGGAUUGGGAAAGCUGACCUACUAUGUGGAGAAAAUUAAAACUAGAAUCCUACCUUACAUCAUUUAAAAAAGGGGAGCUUAGAUGGCUUAAAGACCUAAAUAUAAAUUGUAAAAAUAUAAUGUCAAUAAAAAUUAAUAUAGCAAAGUAUCUUUGGGACCUCAAGAACCCAAACAGGAGGUAAAAAAUGGAUGGAACGCAUUAUCUAAGGAUGGGGAGGUUUGGGCUGACAAAUGGCUCCUGCCAUAAAACACUGUAAAGGGCGAAGAAAUCCAGGAACUGUGGGAUAUGAUGGUUGCUUCUACAGAGAUGGGUUCAUAAAGAAAGAGAUCAUUGAGGCUCAAAGGAUUAAAUUCUCAGCUCAAGGCAAUGCUUAGGUUGUUGCCAAAAGAAUCUUUUCUGUGUUACUAGCUUUAAGGCUGAAAUAACUGAAAACAAGGUCAUACUUAAUCCUACUCGUUGCCAGCUUAUACGAGGAGUUGCACUCACAGCUUCACCAGACCUUGUACUUAAGAGUAUUGAUCAGAAACAGUACGACCUUGAUAUGGAAUGGGGAUCUAUGGGUAGGGGGAUUUGGAAGACAUGUGAUACCCUAAGCUACUGUGAACAAUAACCCAGGUUUGAAUACUGUAAGUUCUGUGUCCCAGGAAACCCCUCAACCCCUAGGCAAACUGUAAGAAUUGACUUGUCCUCCCUUGCUAAUCAACGUGGGAGCUCUUCCUGUCUAACGAGGUUAUUACUGCCUUGCUUGAAGAUUUUGUGAUCGCCUCAGUUUACCUUCUGCUCUUCCCACAUUACUUCUCAUGACCUGCACAUUCUUAAUAUCAGAUUCCAGAGAGGAGCUGUGUUGGAUACAGUAGAAAGGGAAACCCAGGAGAAGAUUCCCACCAAAAGAAUUCUUGACUUUGCUUAUUUAUAUUGGCAAAACCCCAAGAGAAAAUAUGGGAUUCUGAAAAUGUACUGAGAAAGGAGAAGUGCGCUUUUGGAUUGGAUAGAAUUGACUGAUAGGGAUGUACCUGCCACAGAUUUUGGAUUUGGUGUGCUGCCUUGAGCAGCUGAAAGUCAUUCUACUUGGUUCAGUUAGUUGACUGAAAUAUGGACUUAAUGAUGAAAUUAAAUGAAACUGAGAAUGCAAAUAUUUCCUGAAAUAAUAUAAAGGAAUUCAAAGAUUUCAAUGA